CGCUAAUACACACAUGCUCUCCACUGGCCCAUGUGAAACAGAUUCUCCCAAAGAUCAGCAGUCUCGGGAUGGGAAUGCGGAUUUAAAGAUGUUUCGUUUCUCCCGCCUCAGGGUUCAGGUUAAGUGAAGACAGGAUGGCUUGUGCGGGGGGCAGGGGUUCUACGCCGUUGGCUGACGGGAACGCGUCUGUCGCGCUGGGUUGAGCAUGGAUCACAACGCGUGACGCCAGAGCCAGGGCCGGGACAAGCAUCUGCCAAUGAACAUUUUUGGAAUUCGAGAUUCGAGAGACUUACACAUGAGCCUCACAACACCUGCGCCCUAACAUUGGUUACCACCGUUCACAGUUCACCAGGUGUCUAUAUUCUCAACAUGUACCGCUAGCCGACUCAUUCUCGUUUUUAUCAAUAUGUCCUCCGCAGGGAGGCCGAGUUCUGGCGGCGCGUCACUGUCGCAAUCUCGUUCAGACUCCAUUUCCACUUCGAUCUCACUGCCACCCCUCCCUUUGUCACAGCCUGCGAGCCGGACUUCAGCUGGUGGUGGCAUACUCACACCGGCCCGCGAUGCCGAGCUCAACCAGCCAGGUCGUCGCCAGAGCAUCCACGAUCAAGAUGUCUUUGGUUCAAGAAAACGGAAGCGAGAUGUCUCGACACCAGGACGGAGCACUGACAGUUUACUAAAAGCUCCAAUUGUUUUGAAGCCCCAUCCGUCUAGCCUUACAUCGAGACCGUGUAUGCUCCACCCUCUCAUGAUGCUUCCCCGCGAGAGCCUACCGCUGUCCGCCCUCGACCUCGUCAAGCCACACGGAGAACUUCCAUCCACCCGUCUUUUUGAGUCCAAGAUUAAGAUUCUCGACCUCGAGGGACGCCUGGGCCACAGUGCCCUCAUUGCCCGUUCAGAGAUCACCAAAAUGGUAUAUGCCGUCGAAAGCGAAAGCCCUGGGUUAUACGUGCUGUGCAAGCUGGGCUCAUGGGUGGAUGUUGGAGAGCUCAGUCAUGAUGCUACUGUGGUCUGCAAGGAGAGAUUGAAAGGCCCAAAGCAGGUCAAAGUCGAAGAUCCGGCCGGCGCGCCUCUUAUAACACCACAAAUGUACAAGGAGAACAAGAGGAGGAAACUCGCCAUCGAAGAACUCCAGGCCGCCACUCGCAGACGAUCAGGAACUCUCACCGAUAUGGACUCUCACAGUCAGAUUUUGGCAUUGCCCAACUCUAGGCCUGCUUCAAGAGGAAUCGUUGGGUCUAGACCGGCCUCCAGAGGAGUUGGAACUCAAAUUGUUCAGCCACCAGAGGAGAUUUUGGCCGACUCUCUCGCUUUGCUAUCCAGCACGCGAGACAGCACCCCAGCCCCUCUUCCUGUCUCAGACACUGGUUGCCAGGCAGAGCCACAGUCACAGCCACAGGAGCAGGAGCAGGAUAAGCCGACCGCCGAAGGCAUCAUGGACAACAUUAGAACACAGUAUCAAGAAGCUCUCUAUCAUUCAAAGGGAUCGCUGGCAUAUUUCGCAAAGGGCCCACUGUCCAGGGCUCGAGCCGCCUUCCACCCCGAUACAGGCUCCGAUCUCGAAAUGGCUGACUUGGUAGAGUUUUUGAAGAGUCUCAUCAUGACAACUAUCCUGGUGGACAAGAAGUACCGCGAAACAAUUCCCGUUAUCAUUGAGAAAAUGAAAACGUGCCUCGAGGACUCGGACAACGCCCAGACAAAGCGCAAGAAACGGAAGGUGAAGAAGCUCAAGAUGGGGAAAGAUGGCUUGUACCCAAGUGAAGUGGACCACAUUAAGAGGUGGUGGAGUUCACAUCUGCCGAUUGCUGUUGGGAAUGAAGAGGAAGAAGCAAAGAUCGUUUCCCAGACCGAAGCCAAGUAUCACGUCUCCUGCCUUCGACGGAGAGAAACUCAGUUGCAGAUGAUCCUAAUCAUGGAAAUUCUGGCGCUGGAACCAUUGAUACGGCCAAAGGAUCCUGUUGGUGACUACCUGCUGCCUGGCGAGUCCCGAGCACCAUCCCGCGAAGCAAGUCAAGAGCCGACAGCGAAGAAACGGAACAAGCACAAUCUUCCUGUACUUUUGGAUGUUCACGCUGAUCGCCUUUGUAUUUGGCAGUCGGUAACACUGGAUGAGGUCAAAGCGCUGGCUGAGUCUCAAGCACCCAAAGAGGGUGCCAGGCCCGAGCGAAUUGACUCUGACCCCCUGAAGGACUUUUGUGUGGAAAUCAUCCUACCCUUUUUCGCUGCACGUCUCCCAGAGCUUUGUGACUCCAUCAACAGAAAGUUGGGUGGCCCUGUGGCUCAGUCGCCACCAAAGAAGGAGUUUGUGAAGCCGGCUGCUGUCUCAAAAGCGAAACCUGGUGCGCCAGCAAAGCGGCCUGCCGCCCUGAAGGACAGCGAUCGAUCGCUCCAGCGAGCGCUUUCCAACGAGCGUAUGAGACGUAGUGUCUCAAGAGAGCCAUCCAAGGCGAUCGCCCUUAUGCGAUCUGCGAGCGCGACGGCAAUUCCUGGACUGAAGCGGGAGGGUAGUGAGCCGCUGCUCAUGGGAAUGGUCACCCGCCAAGACAAGAGUUUGAAGGAAAAGCCAACAAAUGUCUUCCCACGUGGGGAAGAUCUCAGAGCGAGAAAGAAGGCCCAGGUAGAUGCCGAGUUGAAAGAUGCCAUCUCGGCGCUUAAGAAGCCAAACCGGGCACUGGCUGUGAAAGAAUUUGCUGACGCAGUGGACAAGAGAGCUUCUGCGGGUGUCAACCAGGUGAAGAAGGUGAAGAAGCCGCGGACACCUUCUAUUGUCAAAGCAACUCCAGCAAACGGCCGCUUCAAGGAUGUCCUUGCGGGCGACAAUGCGCGUGGACAAACAUCUCAAUCUUUUGAAGCCAUCCCACCAUCAAGCGCCUCCAUGAUCCCAGCAUCGACAUUACCUCGCAAGUUCAAUGCAUUGGCACCACCGCCAUCGUCAACACCGAUCAGGAUCAGCGCGACUCCGGCCCGCAAACCAGCCGCGGUCAGCACCUUCCACACCCUGCAGGCAAUCCAGGAGACACCGGGCCCCAUCUUGGCCUCGUCACCCAUCAUGGCAAGAAAGGCAGCGCCCGCACCGACUCAGGGCCAAAGAGCCUCUACACAAUUCCUAUCUAUACCUCAGGAAGCGAUAGACCACUUCCCCUCCUCGCCCGGGCUACCGGCGCUCUUUGAGACACCGGUCAACCCUAAAUUUCAUAAAACGGUCACGGCUAUCAAUGACAGCCCUAUUCGGUCAAAGCUAUUCACGUUGGCACCAGCCCAACACAAACAAAAGGAGAAGGAAGCCCCACCGCCGGGGACACUCGGACAGACAGUUCUCACGAAGGAGACAGCGAGCAUAUACGCCAAACUCGGGUGGGACGACGACGAUGACAUUAUAUAAUGAACCUGGCAUGAAACAAUCAACAUCACAGCCAUAAGCAAAACUUCGCAUGGCAUCAGGGGUUUACUGAGCAGGUUCGGGAUUGGGGGAAAGAAGUAUUUCGCUUGGGAGCAUUGUCGGCAGAAGAGGAUACCUUAGAUAGUUCAUAAACUUUGUGUUGUAUAAGUCACGUAUAUAGAUACCCAUUAGCUGGCACAAAAAAGGGAAUGGGUAAUAGGUAGGGAUGUCAAGAUAUUAGUGGUUAAAGCAUGGCGUCUAAUGGUAUUAUUACUUUUGAUUGUUAAUUCCCUCUCAACACUCUCGUUGUUAUUAUCAUUCCCAUUUUCAACAACCUAUCUUACCA